GCUCGCCGUAACAUAUAAACUGUGAACAGGAUUCAGAUGGCUCUUCGGUAUACUCUAACACAAUGCGCCUGCUACCUUUCUGCUUCCUCCUUUACCUCUUUGGAGUUAUCCAAGCUGUACCUACUACAAACACAACUAGUAGCAACGUUUCUGAAGCUGAAGUCCCAUUAUUCACAAAUACUAGAACCAUGUGGAACAUCGUGUCCAGCUCACUUCUCACUAUGUUUGCGUGUGUAUAUAGCGCCAUUCACCCCAAUAUCCCGAGUCCUAAGGACAGCCUCGUUGUUAUUCUGUGGCGACGACUUGGCAUCAUGAUGAUGGCACUAAUUGCUCCUGAACUGAUCGUCAUAUGGGCUGUGCGCCAGUGGAUUAGCGCUCGCCAUGUUACCAGACAGUUCAAGGAAUCUGGACUUUCGGUGUUCCUCAGCCACAAGAGCAGCCUGGAGGUGGGCCGUGCCAUUCGAAACUGUAUACGUUUCUUGAGCAACUUACUAUGCACGUCAUUAGACUCGGAUCAUGGUUCCAUUGACUUGGAAGCAACUGUAGAGCAAUAUAACGUCGAAGACCCUGAAGGUGGCCCUACUGUUCCUUCGGAAAUUCAUAUACUUCAGCGCCCACUCCAGGAUGUGGGGUACAUAUGCUCAGGCUCUUGCGAAGCCAUUCAAAAAGAUGUUCAAAGCCUAUAUACAUGGACUCAUACACACAGUUUCUUUAUGUUGAUGGGUGGUUUCAUGCUUUAUGUGGACGGGAAACCCUACCUCACACUACGGCCUGAUCGCAUGCUCGAACUGAUACAUGACAAGUCUAUCGACAUCCCUACCCUAACAGUGAACCGGAUUCAUGACAAGAGCAAAGGAAAUGCGAUAUCGAAAGGAUUGAUCAUCCUUCAAGUGACUUGGUUUGUCAUUCAGCUCAUUACGCGUGCUAUCUAUCACCUCGAAACCACCCAGCUCGAACCUCUCAACGUGCAAUGUCCAUAUCCAGUGUACUUGAAAUCAACCGAGUCAAGGCCAGAGCAUCACAUUAAUGUUAAUGAAGCAGAAGACCAUAAUUGGAUUCUCACGAUCUGGGAUUCAUACUUCGAAAUACUAGGCGCGUCCGACUUCCAAAAGCUCCGAGUUCCAACAUUUGAUGGCAGUAUCGCACUCGAACUUUUGGACCAGCUAGUUCUUGCGCUUGCUGGAUUGCUUAUGGCAACCAUAUUUGGCGGUGUCCAUUGUAUGGCUUGGUUUUUUGCCUUCCCCACAUAUCAGGAACAGGUCCUCUGGCGCAUGAGCGCCAUUGCUAUAUCUUGCACACCCAGCUGCGUUUUUGCAUGUUUUCCAGUAAUACUCUGCACACUAGUAUUCCUGCCGUAUGCAACCAUGAUUUCAUGGUUAUUUAUGUUCAUAGUGUGUCCCAUCCUGUACAUCAUAGGACGUGCCAUCCUCUUGGUGCUCAUGUUCACCACUUUACGCGAUCUUCCUCCUGACGCAUACAAGGCGGUGUCGUGGACCGCCUUGAUGCCUCACUUGUAG